AUGAAUACAUUUCUCACUUAUGCCCUCAUUAAAGAGUGUUUUUUAUUACAAGCUGGGCUUGGAGUCUUAGCCAAUAUGUUUCUUCUUUUUUUCUAUACUUUCAUAACCCUAGGUCAUAGACCUAAGCCUAUGGACUUGAUCUCCUGCCAACUAGCCUUCGUUCACAUAAUGAUGGUCCUUACUGGAAGGGUUAUUUGGCUUACAGACAUAUUUGAGUCACUGAACAUUGAGAAUGACUUCAAAUGUAAAACAACAUUUUACAUACACAGGGUGAUGAGAGGCCUCUCCAUCUGCAUCACCUGCCUCCUGAGUGUGUUCCAGGCUGUCACUAUCAGUCCCAGUACCUCUUUGUUGGCAAAAUAUAAACAUAAACUGAAAAAAUAUAUGAUCAGUGCUUCCUUCUAUAUUUGGGCCUUCAAUUUGUCCCUCAGUAGUAGAAUGUUCUUCUAUGUUGGUGGUUUUACCAAUGUGAGUGAGACCAAUCAGAUGAAGGUCACUAAAUCCUGCUCCCUCUUCCCCAUGAACUACAUCAUCAGAGGAUUUCUUUUAACAGUGACAACCUCCAGAGAUGUGUUUCUUGUAGGAGUCAUGCUGACCACAAGCACAUACAAGGUGAUUAUCUUGUUCAGACAUCAGAGGCAAUGCAAGCAUCUUCAUAGCAUCAGCCACCUGAGAGCAUCCCCUGAGAAAAGGGCCACCCAGACCAUCUUGCUGCUGGUGGUUUUCUUUUUGGUCACAUACUGGGUGGACUUCACCAUUUCAUCCACCUCAGCCCUGUUAUGGAUGUACGACCCAGUCAUCCUGACUCUUCAGAAGGUUGUGAUCAAUGUUUAUCCCACAAUUACUCCUUUGGUACAAAUCAGUUCUGAUAAUAGAAUAAUCAAUGUGGUGAAAAGCCUGUGGUCAAAGAGGUACCAGAUUUUUUAA